GAAAGCUUUUUGGAUGAUUUUGACGAACCCGCAAAAACUACAAAGUAAUGGUCACUUCAAAAGUUGCUAGUAUUCGUUUACCCCCUUUACCUACUGUAAGAGAUUUAGUUAAGUUGUAUCGUUUAAGAGCUUUACGUCAGUUGUCACAAAAUUUCUUGAUGGAUGAACGCUUGACUGACAAAAUUGUUAAGGCUGCUGGUAGAAUUAACAACCAUUAUGUUUGCGAGGUCGGUCCUGGACCUGGUGGUAUUACUAGGUCUAUUAUUAAACGUUGCCCAAAAAAGUUAAUUGUAGUAGAGAAGGAUCCUAGAUUUCUUCCAACUUUACAUUUGUUACAAGAAGCGUGUAAAAGCUAUACAGAAAUGAACAUUGAAAUUCAGGAUAUACGGAAUUACAAUUUUGAAGAGGGAUUUAAAGGCGUUCAGGCUCAUAAUUGGUUUGAAGCUCCUCCACCCAUCCAUUUAAUAGGAAACUUACCAUUUAGUGUAUCAACAAAUUUGAUAAUAAGGUGGUUGAAAGCUGUCUCUGAAAAAAAUUCCGCUUGGAGUUUUGGACGGUCUUCUAUGACACUUACCUUCCAGAAAGAGGUUGCUGAAAGAAUGGUUGCGCCAGUAACAGAUAAACAAAGAUGUAGAUUAUCUGUGAUGUGUCAGUUUUGGUGUGACGUACAAUACAAAUUUACAAUACCUGGUAAAGCUUUUGUACCAAAACCCAAAGUAGAUGUAGCUGUUGUUACAUUAUAUCCAUUAAAAAAUCCCAUAAUUGAUUUACCUUUUAAAAUGGUUGAAAAAGUUGUUAGAAAUGUAUUUAAUAUGAGGCAAAAAUUUUCGAUAAGAGGUGCAAGCAGGUUGUUUCCGGAAGAGAUCCGUGAUAAUUUAAGUCUUAAACUUUUUCGUUUAGCUGAUGUGGAAUACAGUGCAAGGCCUUUUGAGUUAACCAAUGAGGAAUUUGCUAGACUUUGUUACUCUUAUAAGUUAAUUUGUGAUGAGAACCCUGGGGUAGAAGAAUACGAUUCUCGAGCUCCUAAAGCUCGUUUAGAUGUAGUAUCUUAGAUUUAUAUACUUAGAUGUAAAUUGAUUAAAAUAUAAACAGAUUGUUUAA